CACACACACACUCAUCGAAAAAAAAAAAAAUUGGAUUAUUAGAAGAGAGAGAGAGAGGUCUGUGGCUUCCACACCGUGGUUUUUCUUCUCGGUAUAAAAGCAAAGUUGUUUUUGAUAUGUGACAGUUUCCCACAAGCCAGACUGAUCCUUUUCUGUCAGUCCACUUCACCAAGCCCUCGGACAAGGACUCAAUGCCCAACCCCAGGCCAGCCAAGCCCUCGGCCCCUUCCUUGGUGCUUGGCCCAUCCCCGGGAGCCUCACCCAACUGGAGGGCUACACCCAAGACUUCAGAUCUGCUUGGGGCCAAGGGCCCAGGGGCAACUUUCCAGGGCCGGGACCUCCGAGGCGGGGCCCAUGCCUCCUCCUCCUCCUCUUUGAACCCCAUGCCACCAUCGCAGCUGCAGCUGCCCACAGUGCCCCUAGUCAUGGUGGCACCCUCUGGGGCACGGCUGGGCCCCUCGCCCCACUUGCAAGCCCUCCUCCAGGACAGGCCACACUUCAUGCACCAGCUCUCAACGGUGGAUACCCACCCUCGGACCCCCGUGCUGCAGGUUCGCCCACUGGACAGCCCAGCUAUGAUCAGCCUGCCGCCACCCACUGCUGCCACCAGUGUCUUCUCCCUCAAGGCCCGGCCUGGCCUGCCACCUGGGAUCAACGUGGCCAGCCUGGAGUGGGUGUCCAGGGAGCCCGCACUGCUCUGCACCUUCCCAAGCCCCAGCACACCCAGGAAAGACAGGUCAGUGGACCAGGCUGGGAAGGACCCUUGCUCUGCCGUUGCCUCCCCUUACACCUUCUGUCCUCCUAGUGCCCUCUCGACCGUGCCCCAGGGCUCCUACUCGCUGCUGGCAAAUGGUGUCUGCAAGUGGCCCGGAUGUGAGAAGGUCUUCGAGGAGCCAGAGGAUUUCUUCAAGCACUGCCAGGCGGACCAUCUCCUAGAUGAGAAGGGCAAGGCACAGUGUCUCCUCCAGAGGGAGGUGGUGCAGUCUCUGGAGCAGCAGCUGGUGCUGGAGAAGGAGAAGCUGGGAGCAAUGCAGGCCCACCUGGCUGGGAAGAUGGCCCUGACCAAAGCCCCAUCCACGGUGUCAUCAGACAAGGGCUCAUGCUGCAUCGUGGCCAGUGGCACUCCCGUCACCACUGGCCCAGCGUGGCCCAGCCCCCAGGAGGCCCCCGAUGGCCUGUUCGCUGUGAGGAGGCACCUCUGGGGCAGCCAUGGAAACAGCACGUUCCCAGAAUUCUUCCACAACAUGGACUACUUCAAGUUCCACAACAUGCGGCCCCCCUUCACCUAUGCCACCCUCAUCCGCUGGGCCAUCCUGGAGGCUCCCGAGAAGCAGCGGACACUCAACGAGAUCUACCACUGGUUCACGCGCAUGUUUGCCUUCUUCAGAAACCACCCUGCCACCUGGAAGAACGCCAUCCGCCACAACCUAAGCCUGCACAAGUGCUUCGUGCGGGUGGAGAGUGAGAAAGGGGCCGUGUGGACCGUGGAUGAAUUCGAGUUCCGCAAGAAGAGGAGCCAGAGGCCCAGCAGGAGUGCUAACCCCACACCCGGCCCCUAACCUCAAAACCAAGGAAAAGAGGAAGGAUGGACAGGGGCUGAAAUAGGGGGUGGAAGUGGCCGGGGGUAGGGGUGAUGGGCCCUGGACAUGCCCACUGGGGCCAAGAAGUGAGGUGUGCACGGUCUUGCCUGCCAGGGACCCUGAGCCUCAGCAGACCACCCUUCUGGAGCAUCCGCCCUGCACCAAGGCUGCUCAGAGGGGCCCUGGCCCCUGCCCCCUGGCCCAGCUUCCCACAACAAGCUCUUUAGCCAAACUGAUCCUUCACACCAACCACACACACAGCCUGCCUCGGUCGCUCAGACAGGUGACCUUUGGGCUGGAAGACACACACACACACACACACACACACACACACACACGGGCUAUCCUGUCCCUUGGACACAGGACCAAGAACCUGCCUCAGUACUCUCGGAUAACCGCAACCUCUACAGCCUCACAGACCAUCGCACCUGAGCAUGGUCCUGUCAACCCACAACCCCUGAAGCACACACCCACGGCCAUCCCCCUGCCUGGCACACACGUGCAUGUGGUGUCACAUGGGGUGCACCCAGCACACCCCACCCCCGCCCUGCACAGAAGCAGCCUUGGUACCUUUAGGAUCUCAGGUCCCAAAGAGCCACACAAACACACCCCAGUCAUGCACAUUCUCAUGCAGCUCCCAAGACAUCAGCUCGCUCACACAGGCCAAGAGAACACACAGGGACGUCACAAGUGCAUACACAUGCACUUGGUACCCCAGUGGGUCUCCGGGGUCCCAAGUGGGCUUUCACAGCCACACCCACGGAAUCGCCAAAUAGAUCCCAUGUCUCACCUGCCGCCAGCCCCACCACCCCGGCCUUGAACGCUAUGUCCCCAUCCAGGCCUCAGCUUAGACUGCAGACAGAGCCCCUUCUUUAUUUGGGAUCCAAGGUCCUAACCCCAGCACCCUCUCCAAUAAAGGGCAGCCAAGUUCC